GACAAAAGGGGUCUGCUAAAGAAAGAACAAUAGUUUAGGUUAUCAAAACAUAGGAAAAGAUGUCAUUGUAAUUUAUUAUAAUGCUAUACAAUUAUUAUUUCCAUUAUAUUGCUUUGUUGUUCAAACUUCCAAGUAUAUUUUAGUACUAAAAACCAUUAAUUAUUUGCUCUUUCUUUAUUCCCACUUCUCUCCUUUGUGUGUUCUUGAUUAUACCUUAUUCUCUCUCUCCCCUUCUCUCUCUCUCUCUCAAGGGUUUCUUUUAAUCUUUCUUCUUUUUUUUUUUGUUUAUUUGAACUCAAUCAAAAAUAUAUAUUAGAUUCAUAUAUAGUGGCUCUUUAAUUAAUUAAUCACUUCUUGUGCUUGUGACAAUAUUUGUGGGCUGAUUUUAUGUUUUUCUUGUUUCUUGAUUUGAUUGAGAAUUAGGGUUUUUGUUGGAAAUUAGUAAUUUAGGGGAAAAGGAAAAUUAGGGUUUGAAGAGAGGUGAGAUCAUUAAGAUUUAAGACCCCUUUUGAAUUUGCUCCAUCUCUGAGUCGGAUCGGUUGAUCUGAGCUUGAAAAUCUGGCGAACCGGUGGUGGACCGGCGCUCAGUUGGGCCUGCCCAGCGGUGAACCGGCGGCGAUGCUGGGCAACAAGCGGGAGAUCAUGGAUCUUUCGUUGAACGAUAAGAGCGGCGCCGGCGCCGGAGAGGACGACGAUGAUAAGGACGGAACCGGAGACGAACCGCGGGAAGGCGCUGUAGAGGUGGGGAACCGGCGGCCGCGCGGCCGGCCGCCCGGUUCGAAGAAUAAGCCGAAACCGCCGAUCUUCGUGACCCGGGACAGCCCUAACGCCUUGCGCAGCCACGUGAUGGAAGUCAGCGGCGGCGCCGACGUGGCGGAGAGCAUCGCCCACUUCGCCCGCCGCCGCCAGCGCGGCGUCUGCGUGAUGAGCGGCAGCGGCGCCGUCGCCAACGUCACCAUCCGCCAGCCGGCCGCCCCCAGCGCCGCCGUCGUGCUCCAAGGCCGGUUCGAGAUCCUCUCCUUAACCGGCGCCUUCCUGCCCGGCCCGGCCCCGCCGGGCGCCACCGGUCUGACGGUCUACCUCGCCGGCGGUCAGGGCCAGGUCGUCGGCGGCUGCGUGGUGGGCCCCCUGGUGGCGGCAGGGCCUGUCAUGGUGAUUGCUGCAACUUUCGCUAAUGCAACUUACGAAAGGCUGCCGCUGGAGGAGGAGGAGGAGGAUGGCGGCGCCGGCGGCUCAGCCCCCGGCGGCUCCGCGGCGGGAGAAGGCGGAGGCGCCGGUUCGCCGCCGGGAGUGGGACAGCAGCAGCAGCAUGGAAUAGGAGAUCCCUCAUCUUUGGGUAUUUACAAUUUGACCCCAAAUUUAUUGGGAAAUGGAGGACACAUGAAUCAUGAUGCUUAUGGUUGGACACAUCCAAGGCCAUCAUUUUGAGGUAUUAAUAAAUUAAUCCCAACAAAAUAUAUAUAUUAAAUAAAAAUUAUGAUCAAUCUAUGUAGUGUUCUUAUUAAACUACUAUAUUAGAAAAUAUAAAUAAAAUAAUAAUUAAGAAGCUAUAUAUAUAUAUAUUGUAAUAAUUAAGUGUAUGUGUAGAUAGGGUUUUAUUAUUAUUAAUUUUGUGGGGUUUCAAUGUAUAUUACUGAAACUUGGAUUUCGUUGCUUUGAUGAAUCUGCAGCUUUAUUCAGUAAUAAAUUAAAUUUA